GCUGAGACCUUCCAAGAAAUAAGUUGCACGCGGGAUUUAAUGCCCGAACAGAUCAAUUACCAGACGCCGUUACUUGACCUAUCAGUUAUAUAUGGUGCGGAGGAGAAAUCCAAAGAUCCUGUGAGAUCUUACAAGAAUGGCAUGUUGAGACUGAAGUUGAGAGACAAUCGAUAUGUUCCAAUCAGCGGGAAUGAUUGCUUCCGACACGACGGAGAUCAGAACCUUUGUUAUAAAAUUGGUUUACCAACAAUAGACAUUAUGGAUAUUCGUACGACGACGCUUGCAAUAUUCUUCAUGCGAGAACACAAUCGACUCGCUAAGGCACUUCACGAGUUAAAUCCUUGCUGGAAAGACGACAGAUUAUUCAAGGUUGCUCGACAAAUCAAUAUAGCAACUGCUGCCAAUAUAUUUAUGUAUGAACUCUUGCCUAAUAUUAUGGGUUAUUCAAAUAUGAUGAGCUAUGGCCUCUUAUCAAAUAAUGUUGAUUAUGUCAAACAAUAUGAUGAAGAGAGCCAGCCUGGAGUUUAUGCUGAAUUUGCUAUUGGACUUAGAUUCUUCAGGACAUUUCUCAGCGGAAAUAUAAAAUUAUAUAACGAGAAAUACGAAGAAGUGGGACAAAUAGUACUCGAGGAAAGUUUCAAUUUACAAAAUCUGCUUGAAACCGGCAAAAUCUUAGAUGAGAUUAACCGAGAUAGAGAAAAAUCAAAAGUAAAAUUACAAGAAGUGUUCGAUCAAAUCUCUAUGGACAUACAGCGCGGUAGAGAUAUGGGUGUACGAGGUUACAAUGAUUAUAGGAACUUGUGUGGCUUGAGACAUGCUAAAUCAUUCAGUGAUCUUUUAGAUGUUAUUGAUAGAGAGAAAGUUGAAGGUCUAAAACAGUUAUAUACGAACGUGGAUGACAUCGACUUACUAGCUGGUAUUAUGAGUGAAACAAAUAUAGAUCACACGUUUGUUGGUCCUACUUUGUUCUGUAUUAUUGUAAAACAACUACAACUGUUCAGAUAUUCAGAUCGCUUCUGGUUUGAAAGUGGUGAUAAUAGUCAUAAAUUUUCUUUGGAUCAAUUGCGGGAAAUCAGGAAAACAAACAUGGCAAGGUUUGCAUGUGACAACGUGGACGGAAUUACAUUCAUACAACCGCAUGCUUUGUUGAACACUCAACUAUGGAACACCCCCGUACCAUGCGCGAACAUCCACGGAUUAGAUAUAUCUCCAUGGCGAGAUUCAAGUUGCAAAAAGAACAAACAAACUAAAAAACAGAAACAAAAACGAAAUGGAAAUGGAAAUAAACAGCAGAAUGACUAACACUCUAUCUUCACACGAAUACUAAAGAAUUACUUGAUUUAGACUUCAUAACACAUAAUAUGAGAAAGGAUAGUGUUAUAAAAACCCUAUCCUACCAAUAUUGUGAAAAAUGUAUUGCCGUCUUUUUAUCUGUCUAUUUCGCUUUCACAGAUAUACUUCC